AUGGUGACUGUAGUGGAGUUGUUGAGCCUCCUCCUGGUGUCAGUUUUGUGGGGAUGCACCAACCCUUUCCUAAAGAAAGGCUCGGAAGGGAUAGAAAAUGUGUCAACAACCAGCAGAGUCGCGCAGCUACUGGCAGAGAUCAAGUUUCUCUUCUUCAACAUAAAGUACUUGGUCCCAUUUCUUCUGAACCAGAGUGGCUCUUUGGUCUACUACUACACUCUGUCAACCACAGAGUUGUCUCUCGCUGUUCCUGUGGCCAACUCUCUCACCUUCCUUUGCACUCUGCUGACUGGCAAACUACUUGGAGAAGAGUUUGGUGGCAAACAAGCGGUCUUGGGAAUGUUUCUCACCAUGGCCGGCAUCACUCUUUGUGUUGUAAGCUCCAUCAAUGACACUCAGAGAGAGAAUACAGCCCAGCCGGUGCUCUAA